AUGGCAUUGUAUCUCCUGCUAUUGGUCAUUAGUUCGAUAUGCAUGAGUGGACUACAAGGAGAACUAACAGGACGGAACGCAUCGGGAUAUUCGCUUCCUUUAUGUGGAUGGUCAAAUCAAACAUCGGCGAGUGGCAAUUGUUCUGCUACUUUCGAGUGUCACCUGUUCCAAACAAACACGGAUGGAAUGAUCUGCGCACCAAACACUGAUUGUUCAUAUUAUGAAACCUGCUACCCAAACGAGGAUAUUUCUUGUUCAAUGAAUAUUAGUAUUUGUGUCACUAACAGCUUUUGUAAGACAGCAAUUUGUAUGCCUAUCGUGCUAAACUCUAUUUGUGUUUACAAUCAGUUAACUACGACCACGACUACAACAUCCACAACAAGCACAACGACUACUUCGGUUACAACGACUACAACAGCAACAACAACGUCCACCUCCGCUACGACAACACCUCUGCCACAACAUCCACCUCCGCUACCACGUCCACCUCGGCUACAACAAGUACCUCUGCUACAACGUCCACCUCCGCUACGACAAGUACCUCUGUUACAACGUCGACCUCCGCUACCACAAGUACCUCUGCCACAACAUCCACCUCCGCUACCACGUCCACCUCGGCUACAACAAGUACCUCUGCUACAACGUCCACCUCCGCUACGACAAGUACCUCUGCUACAACGUCCACCUCCGCUACGACAAGUACCUCUGUUACAACAAGUACCUCUGUUACAACAAGUACCUCUGUUACAACGUCCACCUCCGCUACCACGUCCACCUCGGCUACAACAAGUGCCUCUGUUACAACGUCCACCUCCGCUACGACAUCCACCUCUGCUACAACAUCGACCUCUGCUACAACGUCCACCUCCGCUACGACAUCCACCUCUGCUACAACAAGUACCUCUGUUACAACGUCCACCUCCGCUACGACAUCCACCUCUGCUACAACAAGUGCCUCUGUUACAACGUCCACCUCCGCUACGACAUCCACCUCUGCUACAACAUCGACCUCUGCUACAACAUCCACCUCCGCUACCACAUCCACCUCGGCUACAACAAGUGCCUCUACUACAACGCUUGCUAGCUCAUCAUGUAGUUGGUCUUCAUGGGUAA